CCGGAUCUGAGAUCCGAUGGAGAAGAGCUGAGUUGAGGAGCUCACAGACGGUUAAAGAACAGCUGCUUAACAGCUUUGUUCAGCGUUUUCCGCGCAUAUGGUGGUUUAUAUUGCGGUAUCCAGCUCUAAAGGCUUUCUCCUUGGUGUUAAACGUGAACGCAGCCGGCUGUAGAGUUCAGUAGGAGCUCCAGCUGUGGGUCAGAGUGAGGCUGAGGUUUGUUUUGAGAUGCUGGAGUUGAUGAAGAUGUCUGGCUGAAGGGCUACAGGAGGAGGAAGUGGAGUUAAAUUGUUUUCCAGAUGCAGGUUGGUGUUCUGUUGUGACUUGCAUAGAUAAUAUGUUCAUAACGUUGACCUUGGGAUGGUUUCUGCUCACCAGUGGCUUGGAGAACUUUCAUUCAUUUUGUCUAAAGGCAGUGUGGAAGCUCUGAGCUCAGAUCCCAGCAGAUCAUGCAGAUCAUGCAGAUGAGCUCAUUCCUGAUGGUAAGGUACUGAGCCAAGUUGAUACAGAUGCAGUUUAGGCAGUUUAGUGUUGUGAUCUGCAGUUUAGUGUUGUGAUCUGCACUUGUAAAAUGUUCUAAGCCAGGAUGGUUGGAGUUUGAUGCAUUUUGGUUGAUGGCGUGUUCAAAUGUAAUGAUCCAUACAGAUGAUCUGAGCACUCUGGCAUGCUUAUGUGAUCUGUGUGUAACCUGGCGUGGUUGCUGCUGAUUUGGAGCUUGGAAUUUGAUGCAUGUUGUUGGACAGCUAUCUAGAAGGCUUGUGUAGGCUACAAGCAGUGAUCUGAUGAUAUGGGCUCCUUCAGAUGUGGUACUUUCAGCUCUUACUGACAAACUGCUCUAAACCGUUUGUUCUGCAUUAGUAAUUAGUUAGUCAACCCCCUUUCUCCAACCGUCUCCGACCAUGGAGGAUUCCCGGGAGGACUGGACCCUGCUCCUCUGGACUGGCCUUGCCGUGCUGCUGCCCGUCCUCAUCACCCUGUGGUGCAGUUUCCAGCGCCCCAAGCGUAAGGUGCAGCUCAAGGACCUCUUCCGCAGGAGUAAGCAUGGCUGGCACUACACAGACCUCUUCAACAAGCCCACCUAUUGCUGCGUGUGCACCCAGCCCAUCUUGCAGGGGGCCUUCUGCGAGUGCUGCGGGAUCUGCUCCGAUGAGCUCUGCGUCCGGAGGGCCGAUCACACACUGCCCUGUAAAGAGAUCAUGGCUCCGGUGCAGGCAGACGGCAGCUUCCUUCACCGCUGGGUUCGGGGGAACGUUCCUCUGGCCAGCUACUGCACCGUCUGCAAACAGCAGUGCGGGACGCAGCCUAAACUCUGCGACUACAGGUGUGUGUGGUGUCAGAUCACAGUGCAUGAUGACUGUAAGUCCGGCCUGAGUGGAGGAGAACAGUGUGAUUUGGGAGAGUUUCGGUCCGUCAUCAUCCCUCCACAGUACCUGUACCAGGUGAACAAACUGAGGCGCAGGCACCCGGACGAGUACUGCAAGCUCGCCGCAGCGUGUGGGAGUGCGUGGAGCCCCCUGCUGGUGCUGGCCAACACGCGCAGUGGAAACAACAUGGGAGAAGUGCUGCUGGGGGAGUUUCGCACCCUCCUCAACCCAGUACAGGUGUUUGAUCUGUCAGAGAUAGCUCCAGCUAAAGCUCUGCAGCUGUGCACUCUGCUGCCCCCUGGCGCUGUUCGCGUGUUGGUGUGUGGAGGAGACGGUACGGUGGGCUGGGUGCUGGACGCCAUCGACACCAUGAAACUGAAGGGUCAGGAUCAGUUUAUUCCUCGUGUCACCAUCCUGCCGCUGGGGACGGGCAAUGAUCUGUCUAACUCUCUGGGCUGGGGUUCGGGCUACGCCGGGGAGAUUCCCAUCGAGCAGGUCAUCAGGAGCGUCCUGGAGGCCGAGGUGGUCAAGAUGGACAGGUGGAAAGUUCAAGUCGCCUCCAAAGGAAACUACUUCCGCAAGCCAAAGGUUUUGUCCAUGAAUAAUUAUUUCUCUGUGGGUCCAGACGCUCUGAUGGCCCUGAACUUCCACGCUCACCGCGAAAAAACGCCAUCCUUCUUCUCCAGCCGCAUCAUCAACAAGGCGGUGUAUUUCCUCUACGGUACCAAAGACUGUCUAGUGCAGGAGUGCAAAGACUUGGACAAAAGAAUUGAGCUGGAGCUGGAUGGCGAGCGGGUGGCUUUGCCCAGUCUAGAGGGAAUCAUCGUGUGUAACAUUGGUUACUGGGGCGGAGGCUGCCGGCUGUGGGAGGGGAUGGGGGACGAGCCGUGCCCCCCAACACGGCUGGACGACGGUCUGCUGGAGGUAGUCGGAGUGUUUGGCUCAUUCCACUGCGCUCAGAUCCAGGUUAAACUCGCCAACCCUGUCAGACUGGGCCAGGCACACACAGUGAGGCUGGUCCUGAAGAGUUCCCGCAUGCCGAUGCAGGUUGACGGAGAGCCGUGGGCGCAGGGCCCCUGCACCAUCACCAUUACCCAUAAAACCCAGGCACUCAUGCUGUACCACAGCGCUGAGCACACCGACGAUGACGAUGAAGACUCCAGCGCCUCUGAGGCUGAAGGGCACACAGCUAACCGCACCACAAAGUGCAGUGAUACGGAGAAAAGCGCACAGUCACUGUAAGGCUUUAGCUGCACCUCUUUAUAAUCUGCAGCCAUUUACAAUUUACACAGCCAGCAUGGAGAACAGAAGCCUCUCUCAGAGCUACUGUGGUAUUCCCAGUUAUAGAGACUCAAUAUAGUAUUGUUUAAGGCUAUAUAACUGGGGGAACACACACGUGACACAAUAUUGGGGCUAAAUAACUGGAUUAAGCCUAGCCUUUGAUCAAACUGCAUUGCUAAGAGUAUUUAAAUUCCUUUUAGUCUAGACUUGAUCUGUGGAAAGUGGCCCUGUAUUAGUGCUGUAUGGUUGGGAAUAAUACAUAGCUCUCACCAACUUUUCCACAGCACUUACAUUUCUUCAGCUGUCCACAAGGGGUCGCUGGCGUCAAAUAACCCUCAAAUCUAGGAAAAACAAAGCAGGUUUUCUCAGAUAGCCCGAUAACUUUAGGCCAAAUUGAAGCCUGUCCAACAGGAGGAGAGGUUAAGAGACGUCUGUAUUGGACAGUCUUCAUUUUGGGCUUAUGUUCCAGCCAUACUAAGAUAAAUAGCUUUGUUAACUUACAUUUACACCUUCAGCGAAUACAAAGCAUAUUAAAAGCCACAGUGUGUGAUUUUAGAGCACCAAAUCAUACAGUGUGGCUAACUGUGACUGUGACUGUAACUGAAUCUAGCACUGAAGGUCUUUUCAGUGGCAUGCUGUAUGAAUGAUGAAAAUAUGCACUGAUACUGUGUCCCAUUCUGGACCGUCUUAUGAAAACUCACUGCAAAAUUCUUACUUGAGUUUUGUGCAAUAACUUUGUGUUUUUGGCCAUAAAUCUGUAGGUUAGUUGGGAGGUCGGUCGGAUGUAUAUAUUUAUUACAUAUAUCCACUUUUCCUUUGUGUUUAUGGACGAUCCUGACUAAUAUUUGCUUCUUAAAUAUGAAGUAGAUUGUAGACCUAUGCGAAUGAUGUUCCAUUGACUUUGCUUUACCGGCCUCCAGCUUUUCUUGUUCAGAUCUUUUUGUUAAAAUUUUUGGUCUUGAAGAAGCUAAAGGUGAGAUUUGUACACUGAAAAAAAACAAUUUUUUUAAUGAUAAAAAUGUUCACAACAGAUUUUACACAUUAUUAAAGGGUCAGUACCCAGCAUGUGUGUAACUACACACACAAUACAUACAUUAUAAACCUCUAUAGAGAGCUCUUCAAGCAAAUGCACUAUAAACAUGUUUACUCUCACCUGCAGCUUCAAAUCACAGGACCAAAAAAGCACCUCAGAGUUAUUUUCAUAUCUUUUCCACUUAUAUUUAUUUUGCCUUUUUUCCAUUCCUUAAUGCACUGGUAUUCUGUGUCUUAAGUUACGUCUUAUAUUUAAAGCCUAGUUCACACUGAAUAUAUUCCUAAACAUUGCUUGGUUAAAAUGUCUUUCCAGUACAUGUGAGGUUGGUUAAACCCAAAGCCCACGACUUGCCAAUCCACCACACGUAGUGUUCAGAAAGAGAACUGAUGAGCCAAAUGUUCCUGUGUGAAUGCAGGAGAAUAUUUUAGAGAUUAUCGUACAGAAGGGCUGCACGAUAUGGACAAAAUAUGAUUAUUGUGAUUAUAUUGCUACAUAUUGCAAUUGCUAUUUGCCUUGUAGUUUAUUUAAAACCCACUGAUAAUUAUUAGACUAAAAGGCUUUUCUGGAUUGAAUCCUGACCUGAUCACUUUUGUACUGUUGCAGUUUGUGAACUUCAUGAUGUCAUUUGUUUUAAAAGAGGAAGAAAUCCAAGUUUAACAUAGACUGAAAACGGUAAUGUUUUGAAUUCACUUGAUUCAGAUAUG